AUGAACGGAAUUGUGAAUGAACUUCUGUAUGCGACAGAAAAAAAGAACAGACGUACCACAGACGGACAGAUGGAAGGACAGACGUACCACAGAUGGACAGAAGGAAGGAGAGACGUACUACAGACGGACAGAAGGAAGGACAGACGUACCACAGACGGACAGAUGGAAGGACAGACGUACCACAGACGGACAGAAGGAAGGACAGACGUACCACAGACGGACAGAUGGAAGGACAGACGUACCACAGACGGACAGAAGGAAGGACAGACAUACCACAGACGGACAGAAGGAAGGACAGACGUACCACAGACGGACAGAAGGAAGGACAGACGUACCACAGAUGGACAGAAGGAAGGACAGACGUACAGAAGGAAGGACAGACGUACCACAGACGGACAGAAGGAAGGACAGACGGACAGAAGGAAGGACAGACGUACCGCAGACGGACAGAAGGAAGGACAGACGUACCACAAACGGACAGAUGGAAGGACGGAAGAGAGUUUGAUGAGACGAACCGAUGUACGAAGCAAAAUACUGUAA